AUGGGAGCCUCUGUAUCCGUCGUUUGCGCCAACAUUGCUCUAGAGGAUCUGGAAACUGCCGCCUUAUAUUCAUUCGGGACGCGGCCAAAGCUAUUUCUAAGAUACGUGGACCACCUCUUCUGCAUUAUCUCUCACCGGCACACAGCACAUUUUCUCGAGCACCUAAAUUCCUUUAAGCCGAGUAUACAGUUCACGGCUGAACAGGAAAACAAUGGGCGAAUUCCCUUCCUGGAUGUCCUCGUAGAGAGGCCUUCAAGCGGCUUGAGGUCUAGUGUCUACAGAAAGCCAACGCACACGGGAAAGUACCUGAGCUUCGACUCGGCGCACCCAAUUGGGCAAAAGCGAUCCGUUGCAGCAGCACUCUUCUCCCGGGCAUUCCGCGUCUGCUCCAGCCCCACGAAACGUAGGCAAGAUCUACAGUUUGCAAAAAGGGACCUGUUGAACAAUGGCUACCCUCGACAACUGCUCAGAACGCAGGAGCGCAAAGCUGCAAAGCCCCACCGUGAAAGGGCGAAACAGUCAAGCGCGUGA